GCGGGCACUCCUGCUUUUGUCCUUAUUUGUGCAGAGCUUAGCCCAAUGUCCAGCAUACAGUAAGUGCUUAAUAAGUGCUUGCUGUCUGACUGAAAGAGUUGAAUGAAAAUGAAAAAAAGCAUUUAUUCAAAGCACCUGCCGUGCCUGGGAGUCCAGAGCGACGCCUUCUGGGACCACCCAGUAGAGAGAGACGCCAUAGGUCGGGGAUGGAUUGGAGUCACACGAAGGGGCCUGGCAGUGGAGCCCGGGGAGCUCCCCUAGUCUCGCCUUUCCGGAAGGAUGCCUUGAGGAAGUGGGGAGUUGGGAGGUUCCUUCCAUCUCUGCCCGCUGAUGACUCUGAACCGGCUCUUUUAUCCUCCCUGUCCUCCAGCCGGGGACCCCUCCAGUCAAGGGGACCUCCAGCAGGAGGAGACCAGGGGCUGACAUGUCCUACAAAGGUGAGAGGGGGAAGGGAGCUGGCCAACCGGGAGCCACGGCCGAGUCCCUUCGUUCUGGAUAAAGGGCCUGUCUCUGGCCCAUGGCGGUCAUGGCAUCGGGGGGUUAUGGCAUCUGGGGAGACAGCUUAGAGACAACUUAGUGACAGACGGAAAAAGCAAAGCUGGCUUUGGAUCCGAGGCAGAGGCUCAUCGGCAAAUCUCUCAUCCCAUUGUUGUCUCUUCCCCGGUUCUGAGCUACAGGCCCAUUUUGUUGAUCCGAGGCUCCUUAUCUCUAAAAUGGAGCUACUGAGAGCUGCUACAUCACUGGGUUGUUGCUCUUGACCGCCCUCCGGCGCCCCCUCCCGGCCCGGCCCUUGCUCUAAGAUGGCCAACUUCACCCCUGUCAACAGCAGCUACGGCAACCAGUCGGACCAGUCGGUGCAGGCCAUGCCGGCGGCCCCCAACCGCUACGAGACGGUGGAGAUGGUGUUCAUCGCCACGGUGACCGGCUCGCUGAGCCUGGUGACGGUCGUGGGCAACAUUCUGGUCAUGCUCUCCAUCAAGGUCAACCGGCAGCUGCAGACGGUCAACAACUACUUCCUGUUCAGCCUGGCCUGCGCCGACCUCAUCAUCGGGGCCUUCUCCAUGAACCUCUACACCGUGUACAUCAUCAAGGGCUACUGGCCACUGGGGGCCGUGGUCUGCGACCUGUGGCUGGCUCUGGACUACGUGGUCAGCAACGCCUCGGUGAUGAACCUGCUCAUCAUCAGCUUCGACCGCUACUUCUGCGUGACCAAGCCCCUGACCUACCCCGCGCGGCGCACCACCAAGAUGGCGGGCCUCAUGAUCGCCGCCGCCUGGGUGCUGUCCUUCGUGCUCUGGGCCCCGGCCAUCCUCUUCUGGCAGUUCGUGGUGGGCGAGCGGACGGUGCCGGACAACCAGUGCUUCAUCCAGUUCCUGUCCAACCCGGCGGUCACCUUCGGCACGGCCAUCGCGGCCUUCUACCUGCCCGUGGUCAUCAUGACCGUGCUCUACAUCCACAUCUCCCUGGCCAGCCGCAGCCGGGUCCACAAGCACCGCCCCGAGGGGCCCAAGGAGAAAAAGGCCAAGGGCCUCUCCUUCCUCCGCAGCCCCCUCAUGAAGCAGCCGAGCGGCAAGAACCCGAGCCGGAAGCCGGCGGAGGCCGCCAAGGAGGAGAUCCGCAACGGGAGGCUGGAGGAAGCCCCUCCCCCGGUCCUGCUGCCGCCCCGGCCCCCCGAGGACAAGGACACGUCCAACGACUCCAGCUCGGCCAGCGUCACCCAGAACACCCGGGAGCGGCCCCCCACCGAGGGCUCGACGGCCGAGACCGGCUGCAGCCCGUCCACCCCGCUGCCCCCGCGCCCCCGGGCGCUCAACCCGGCCUCCAAGUGGUCCAAGAUACAGAUCGUCACGAAGCAGACGGGCAACGAGUGCGUGACGGCCAUCGAGAUCGUCCCCGCCACGCCGGCCGGCCUGCGCCCGGCCGCCAACGUGGCCCGCAAGUUCGCCAGCAUCGCCCGCAACCAGGUGAGGAAGAAGCGGCAGAUGGCGGCGCGGGAGAGGAAGGUGACGCGGACCAUCUUCGCCAUCUUGCUGGCCUUCAUCGUCACCUGGACGCCCUACAACGUCAUGGUGCUGGUCAACACCUUCUGCCAGAGCUGCGUCCCCGACACCGUCUGGUCCAUCGGCUACUGGCUCUGCUACGUCAACAGCACCAUCAACCCCGCCUGCUACGCCCUCUGCAACGCCACCUUCAAGAAGACCUUCAAGCACUUGCUCCUGUGCCAGUACAGAAACAUUGGUACUGCCAGGUAAGUGGGCGCGGGCCCCGCGGACGGGGACGCCCACCGCCCGGCCCACCCGGAGCAGCCCCAGGCUGAGCCGUCGCCGGAGCGGAAACCCAAGGCCCGGUCCUCACGUUAUCCCUGGUCCCCGGCCCCCACGGCGGGUAGGGCCCACCCGCCCGAGCUGCUGCCGGAACCAAGGCGGACUGGGCUCCAGGACGGUUCUGUGGAUUCUUCUCAGGACUCCGAGAAAGGCCCGGACCCGACAGACCUCUGGGCAGAAGGGGCCGGGGGCCCUUGAGAGGGGAGGGGGGGCCUCAAGGGAGGGAAGGAAGGGAACCAGUCCCUGACACUUCAAGGAGGACGGAACACCUGGGGACUAGAGGAGGCGGCGCUGACCAAGGUGCUGCGGUCACAGGGGAAGCUCUGGCCAAAGCCGGUCCUCAGGAAGGCCCGAGGAGGGAGGGGGAGAUCGGGCUGCGGCUGCAGGGGGAACAGCCCUGACCCCGCCGUGUCCAUGGGACUGCCUGCCCUUUACCCACCUGCAUGCAGGGCUCCGCCCGACCCUCCAGCUUCCUCCGCAAAAUCCCACUCCCCCCUCUGCAGCCUGGCCACUGGGUCCCCCCCCCCAGGCCAUGGACUCCGGAUGGGGCGGCUGAGCCCGAGCUUGCCUUGUCCCCCCAUCUCCUCCCCGGCUGCAGCUCCCCCCCCCCAAUGGCUUCUGGUCUUUGGGCCAAAGGGAGGCUCUGUUACUUGUGGCCCUCCCCGCUUAGGACAGGCCGAAUCCAGAGGCUAAUGAGGCUCAGAGGGAAGUGAGGGAAGGGCAGCCCCGGGGACAAGGAAGGGGCCUCCGGGCCCACACCCGUGGCCUCCCCCUGAAACACACUCCCGCUGCAGUGGGACCGGGAAGGCUAGGGAGUGAGAGAGAGAGAGAGAGAGA